AUGGCAGACAAAUCGAGCUUGAGAGAUUAUCGGGAUGAUUUCUCCACGGACGGAGAUGAUAUCCCAUUGAAAGAGGCAGGAGCGGAGGAUAGCGAUGAAGAUGAGAAGCAAGAAUAUCCAACAAGCUCGAAGUUUGUUCCUAUUCUGAUAGGACUAUGCUUUCAAUCUUUUUGUAUCGCGCUGGAAAACCCGUUUCCUCAGGACAACACGGUCCUAUCAACCGCCGUCCCAAAGAUCACCGAACAAUUCAACUCCUUGGACGACAUUUCCUGGUAUGCCAGCGCGUAUCUCCUCACUACGUGUGCAAUUACUUUGCCGUUCGGCAAGAUAUACACGUACUACUCCACAAAAUGGACAUACCUGAUUGCUCUCACCCUUUUUGAGAUCGGAUCUUUGAUAUGCGCGGUGACGCCGACGUCAAAAGGGCUAAUAUUCGGACGAGCAAUUGCUGGCAUUGGCUCUGGCGGACUUUCACCGGGAGCUCUCCUAGUGCUCGCGAAUAGCGUGCCUCUUCACCGUCGCGCACUUUAUUUCGGUAUAAUUGGCAGCACCAGUGGAGUUGCGACGAUCACAGGACCACUACUUGGUGGAGUGUUGACUGAUCACGCCAGUUGGCGGUGGUGCUUCUGGAUAAACCUACCCUUUGGUGUGCUGACAGGAAUCGUUAUUUUGAUUUUCUUCAAGGAUUUAACACAAAAAGCAGUCAAAUCCAAAGUCAGUCACCUGGACCAGCUGAAAAGGAUGGACCCGUUCGGUAUUCUUGCCUUCGUCCCCGCCAUUGUUUCUCUCCUACUAUGCCUGCAAUGGGGCGGCACCAAAUAUCAGUGGGGCAAUGUUCGCAUCAUUGCUCUUUUUGUUUUGUUUGGUGUUUUUGGCACUAUAUGGUGCAUUGUUCAGAUUUGGAAACAGGACGAAGCCACAGUACCACCGCGUCUGCUUAAGAAUCGCAAUGUUCUAGGAGCAGUGAUCCAUGCAACAUUCUUGGGGGGGUCGUUUUUCGUGUUGGGAUACUACCUUCCAAUUUGGUUCCAGGCCGUCAAAGAGGAUACUGCCUCGCAAUCUGGAAUCAACAAUCUCCCGAUGGUUGUGUCCAUGAUUGUUAGCUCCGCCGUAGGAGGGCUUCUUGUGAACAUUGUCGGAUACUAUACACCACUCAUGUUCAUCGGAAGCGCAUUCCUUACAAUUGGCUGCGGCCUGUGCACGAUUUUCACGGUUGAUAGUGGGAAUCCGCAAUGGAUUGGAUUCCAAGUGAUUAUUGGCAUCGGAGCAGGACUUGGCUUCCAACAGUGCAUAAAUGCACUGCAAACUGUACUUCCCUUGCACGAUAUACCGGUCGGCAUUGCCAUUAUCACUUUUGCUCAAAGUCUCAGUGGCGCCAUGUUUAUCUCAAUCGCCCAGACUGUGUUCGAAAAUCGCCUCGUGGUAAGCAUCACAGAGCAUGCUCCUCAGGUGAACCCAAAUGUGUUGAUUAAAGCUGGAGCUGCAAACUUGCCGAAGCGAGUAUCCAAAGAAGUUCUACCAUCCGUGCUUCAUGCCUACAAUAUCGCUGUCACACAAACAUUCUACGUGUCUGUUGCAGCGGCUAUACUGUCGUUUAUUGGUGCCGGGCUUGUCCAAUGGAAGUCUAUGAAACGACGACAGAAAACUAAUUGUACGGAUUGA